GACACGGUGGGACGUUCUGUCUCGUGAGCACCCCGCGCGCCCGCGCGCGCGCUCUCCCCAACACACUUUAAUUAAUUCAGCCGCCGAAUGACACAACGAAGGCAUGCUCUGCAAAAGCAGCGAGGAGCAGCUCCGAAUAUGCACAACCAUCAAAUGACAUUCACCACUCGCUGUCAUUUUGAACUCGUCCGGAGCUGAAAUUGAUUAUUUGUGGCGCUUGUUAAGAACUCAACUCAUACUAGUCGCUCUGUUUUCUUUCCUUUUCUUUUUUGCACCAGCCGCCGCCUGUGUCAGCGGCCGGGGACGCACACUGGAAAAUGAGGUUGGGAAGUAUUGUCUUAUUCGUGGCGUUAUGUUCUUUUACCGCGUAUUAUAUUUACGAGCCAAUUCCUGAAGACAUAGAGGAGAGAUGGAAACUCAUGCUGGCCAACUCUUUCUUCAGAUCACUCAGUCACCUGGCAGACCUUUGUGAAUUUCUGGGCCUGAAGGACUACAUGGGCGUAAUGUACGUCAUUACUCUGGUAGAAAAAGUGGUUCCUGUGUCUGAUGAGCAUGUGAAGGUGACAGAAGACACGUUUGAUGGAGUGGAUGUGGUGCUGUACCAGCCCAACGUUCAGGAGGCUGGGACUAAUCUCAGGAGAGCUGUCAUUUACCUGCACGGUGGAGGAUGGUGUCUGGGGAGUCCACGAAUGAGUCCGUAUGAUCUUCUGGCCAGAAAAAUAGUCACUGAACUAGAUGCAGUCGUUCUGUCUGUGGAUUACAGACUUGCUCCUCCUCAUCACUUUCCCAUACCAUAUGAGGAUGUGUAUCGUGUGGUCAAGCACUUCUUCCGUAAAGAAGUGCUGGCCCAGUACUCUGUGGAUCCUGAGCGGGUGGCCGUGUCUGGAGACAGCGCUGGAGGAAACCUGGCAGCUGCAGUCUCCCAGCAGUUGCGAAAAGAGCCCGGACAGCCAAUCAAGUUAAAGGCUCAAGCACUCAUCUACCCCGUGCUGCAGGCCCUAGACCUCAAUACACCUUCCUACCAGCAGAAUCAGAACAUGCCCAUUUUGCCACGCACUCUCAUGGUGCGAUUCUGGAGCGAGUACUUCACCACUGACAAGGCCUUGUUCAGAGCCAUGAUGGCCAACACCCACAACAGUCCAGAGUCUUCCAUCCUGCUGAAGUUUGUCAACUGGAGCACCUUUUUACCAGAAACUUAUCAUAAAAAGUACAACUACAGCGCUCCUGCCAUAUCGCAGGGAGCAGAAAGGGAGGCAGCCAGCAUGGAAGAACCAUCUCGAUCUUUUGCCGACCCGAGGGCAUCACCUUUACUGGUUCCAGAUGCAGACUUGCGCUUUCUGCCCAAGGCCUACAUUCUGACAUGUGAGUAUGACGUCCUUAGAGAUGAUGGAAUCAUGUAUGCCACGCGGCUCCGCGCCGCAGGCGUUGCAGUAACGCACGAACACUACACCUCUGGGUUUCAUGGAGCAGUGAUGUUCACCGUUUGGCCAACUGACUUCCUGAUUGCACGACGCAUGAUAAGCAACUAUAUCAAGUGGCUCAUGGAAAAUUUAUAAGAAGGAAGAGGAAGAAAAAAAACUAUAACUUGACUGUGCAAAUGUAUUCCAUUUUCUCCACAUAAUGCACUGUUUGUUUAUGAACACGUGUUUCAAAUGUGGUUUCAAACUUUUCUUGGUGCAUUUAGUUAAGCUUUGUUUGUAUAAAUUCAACAAAGUCAUUUCCUUUCCACCUGUGUACUUUGCCACAUAAGCACAAGCUGACAAUAGUGUUUGAAGAGGAGUUACGCAUUGAUUAUGCAUUGUUCUGACAAUAAUAGACAAUGCUGCUAUAAAAGUGGAACAAAAAAAUGUCCAGUGGGUGGGUUUUCUAUCUCUGCCAAUCUGGCACUCUCUGUUAUUGUUUCCUACCAUUGGAUCUGCAAAAUGCUGUAAUGGCUACUGCAUCAAUUCUAGUAAAAGAAGUUAGUAGUACAUCCAACUGCAUGUGGAGGUCUUCCAUCAUGGAAUACAUAAAAAAAAAUAGAUAUUUCAAAGGAUUUCAAGUCAUCAUCGGUUAUCGCCCAAAAACGUCGGUUAACGCCCAAAACGUAUGAUUCUAUGUUUGCUUUCACACAAAUCUGAACUCACAUUAAACACAUUUUUGGAUGUUUUUUAUCCUCAAAGAUUAUGGUUUUUUAAUCCAUAUCCAAGUAGAAAAGUAAUUAUAACGGCAAAAUUUUAGCAUUAUUUUCACAUUUAAUUUCUCACCAAGUCAUCCUCAGAUACAUUAUCUUAUUUCUGCUUUUCACUUACAAAAAAUAUUAGAAAUAUGUACGAGAUAUUAUAUGCAAAUUUUGAUAUUAUAUUUUAUCAUCCAGAUUUCCCAUGCCUUGUUUGCAACAGAAAAAAGAUUAAACAUUAUGGUAAUAAAUGGUAUGUAACAAUUCACCAAAGAGACAGUUUUUGUGGAGUCAAGAAAGUUUUGAGAGAAAAAAAUAUAUUUACAGUAUUAAAUUUAGAGUUUAUAUUGUAUUUGAAGAACUUUUGCAUGAUCUGUCUAUAUUUUACCCACUAUUUUUACAGUAUGAUUCAGACAUAAUUUUAAUGCACAACAGCUGCUUUAAAGGUGGUGACAGAAUACAUGCUUUCAGUUGGGAACAAAUAAAAGUGCAAUGAUUUUCAUGUGAACUCUAUUAGAGUUAUCUUGAUUUGAAUGUAAACCUGGCUCUGAGAUAUGCAAAUACUGGACUGAGUUAUAUAAACAGAUUUUUAUUCAUUUUAAUUAAAAAAAUGAUUUAUGAAAUGCCAUCCCAUGCCCUUUAUAGUUGCAAAACAAUUUCUUCCAACUUUGGAGCAUAAGAAUCACUCUGCACUCGGUCUUUAAUCUAAACAUGAAAUAUAUGUACAUUUCAAUUUUCUACUUGAGUGAAAACUUUUUUCAUUCAACAUGCAGCAUUGCUUUCAAAGUGAAAAAGUGAAAAAACAAAUCAAUAUUUAAUUGGAAAACAAGUAGAUUAAAUGAAAUUGUGUCUGCAAAUCAAAGUUAAACUGAUUAGGAAUUCUGCAGUAGCACCAGGCCCUAUUGAUAAUGACAAAGAAAGUAAUUAAUGAAAGAGCAAGUGCCAGUGAGAUCCCUGAUGAAGUUUGUAGUUCUUCAGAGCUCAGUUGAGAAACUGAUAAUUUGACUGUGCAAUGGAUUUGCUUAUAUACAAAUUUGUACACCUGUGAAUUAAGGUUUAGUCCCUCAUCUGUGCUCUAAUAAUCCAAGAAAGGAUCUACUGUUAUGGCUACACUCCUGCUUUUUUGUUGAAAGGUGACUACCUUUGCCAGAAUUAAGCUAUCUUUGAACUAGUAUGCACUGAGUGAUUCUGGACCAUCCCAAAUGAAUGAAGACCAACAUCAGUCUUGUGAAAAAUUCAUUUAGAUAUAUUAACAUGUGAGUUUUAUUUUUUAGAUAUGUCAGGAAAUUUGGGAUGAUGGUCAAAUACUGUGAUAAAUGAUGAUGAUUGAUCAAUGAAUCACUAUAUUCUAAGAGAAAAUACAUCAGGUUGAGUCUCAUCUGGAUGGGACUCCAUCUCCUGCCAUCCCAAAGAUGAAGGCAUCAGAAAGGUUGCCUUCUGUAGAAAAAUGGUUUCACAUGUUUGCUCAUCUGCCACUUGACUGUGACUAUUUUGCUUUCGCCAUCAUGGUUUGCAGGUGGUUGAAACUCACCAUCGAGCUUAACUGAAAAAAAAAUUAGGAAAGGGUUAAUUAACUGAAUAAAAAAAUAGGAAAGGGUGAAAACAUCUUCAAAGUGUCAAGGUUUUAGGCAUACUGUUUAUGUUUUGAUUUAAAUGUCACAUAAAAAGCUUUUUAGGGAGCAUUAAAUAAGCAUGUAAGAUUUCAGACAAACUGUAUUGAGAAUGUUUGCUCAAACAGUCCAACAUCCUGAACUGUACGUAUUACUUUCUAGUUUUGUCUUGAAUUCUAAAGUGUAAUUGCAAUAUUUUACAUUUUAAUGCUAUAUACAAAUAAAUGAUUUUAUCUUU